AUGGGUGCUACUCUCUGUAUCUGUUCUCGGGGGGUCAUAACUAUUGAAAAUAGGCGUUACCUGUUUGUAGAGAAGCUGGGAGAGGGAGGUUUCAGUUAUGUUGAUCUGUUUGAAGGGGUCCAUGACGGGCAGUUUUAUGCCCUAAAACGCAUACUAUGCCAUGACCGGGAGGAUCGUAAGGAGCGCUUCAUGAGGUAGAGAUGCACCGAAUGUUCAAUCAUCCCAAUAUCUUGCAGCUGGUGGGGACCUGCAUGAUUGAGAAGGGGCCUAAGUGGGAAGCCUGGCUCCUGCUUCCUUUUGUUAAGAGGGGAACCUUAUGGAAUGAAGUUGAAGCUUUGCGGGAUAAGCACCGAUUCCUAGCAGAAGAGAGGAUACUGUACAUUUUACAUGGGAUAUGUCUGGGACUCAAAGCCAUUCAUGAUCAGGGUUAUGCUCACAGAGACUUAAAGCCGACUAAUGUGCUGCUGGAAGAUGAUGAUCGGCCCCUGUUAAUGGAUCUGGGCUCUAUGAAUCACGCACGUAUUGAAGUAUCGGGGUCCAGGCAGGCAAUGUCAGUGCAGGACUGGGCGGCACAGCGAUGUACCAUCUCUUACCGGGCCCCCGAACUUUUCAAUGUGGAAAGUAACUGUGUGAUAGACGAGAGGACUGAUAUCUGGUCUCUCGGCUGUGUACUGUAUUCCAUGAUGUUUGGAGAGGGGCCGUAUGAUAUGAUUUUCCAAAAAGGAGACAGCGUGGCCUUGGCUGUUCAAAACAGCAUCACAAUCCCUGAAAACGACAGGUACUCCCAAGGACUGGAGUCACUCCUUUCCUCCAUGAUGGUGGUGAAUCACUUAGACAGGCCGCAUAUCUCCACAAUCCUCAGCCAGUUGGAGUCACUGUACCCCACGGUAGACGGGCAAGCCACCACCAGGAUAUGA